AUGAUAUUGGAGCACAUUGGAUUCAUUUUAACUAGAACAAGUGCAAAACACAGCAAACUGUUAUUGGAUAGAAUGAAUGCGCUGAAAAAAGAAAGUGAUGGAUCAAUUUAUGAUGCAGUCCAUGCAAGUGAAAGCAAAGAAGAACCUGAAUCAAAAAAUGAGGAAUCGACCAAGGCAGAAGAAAACACCAAGAGUGAAACAGAAGAGAAGAGUAAGGAGUCUGAUGAUAAAAGUGAGUCAUCCAAAUCAUCUAAAGACAUCGUUGAUAAACACUCAGAUAUUGCUAACAUCAAAACAGAUUUCAGCAAUGAAUCAGAUGAGAUACAAAACAUCAAGAGUCAAUUGAUAGCAGAUUACAAAUCAAGACUGCUUGCAAAAAGCAAGCAGAAUGUGUCAUCGAAUGAGUAG